CUUGGUCCGACCUUGGUAAGCGGACAGACGCUAUCAGAUCGUCGCAACUCGUAUGCGACGAAAGUCGACUCGACAGAGGUAUUCGUUCGUAACAACUGUAGUCAUGAAAUCCUUCGUGAGUUAUUCGGCAGAUUGUGAUUUUCCGAUCGAGAAUUUGCCAUAUGGAAUCUUCUCUACUAGGAAUAAGCCAGAAAAGAGAAUAGGCGUAGCAAUCGGUGAUCAAAUUUUGGACUUGAGUGCUAUCGCGAAUUAUUUUGAUGGACCACUAUUAAAAAAUAAGCAGGACGUAUUUCGUCGUGAUUACCUGAAUGAUUUUAUGUCUCUUGGAAGACUGGCAUGGCUAGAAGCAAGAUUAAAACUUCAAGAACUGCUUUCUGUCAGCAAUCAAACCUUGCAAGAUCCGGAAGUCCGCUCAAAGGUUCUUGUUGCACAGAAAGAUGCGAUAAUGCACUUACCAGCAAAAAUUGGCGAUUACACGGAUUUUUAUUCGUCUCUCAAUCAUGCCACAAAUGUCGGCAUCAUGUUCCGUGGCAAAGAAAAUCCGCUGUUGCCGAAUUGGAAAUAUUUGCCGGUCGGUUAUCACGGUAGAGCAAGCUCCGUUGUUGUGUCAGGUACACCUAUAAAACGACCACGUGGUCAGACACUUCCAGUCGAGGAUGCAGCACCAGUCUUUGGCCCCUGUAGAUUAAUGGAUUUUGAACUGGAAGUUGCUUUUUUUGUUGGUGGACCACCUACAAAUCUCGGUGAUACCGUCCCAGCUUCGAAGGCUUACGAUCAUAUUUUUGGAAUGGUCUUAAUGAAUGACUGGAGUGCACGAGAUAUUCAAAAAUGGGAAUAUGUGCCAUUGGGACCGUUCGGCGCAAAAAAUUUGGGAACUACGAUAUCUCCAUGGGUGGUUACGAUGGAAGCUCUAGAACCUUUUAAAAUACCGAAUAUGAUUCAGGAUCCAACACCAUUCCCGUAUUUGCAACAUGAUGAUUCCUGUAAUUUCGACAUUAAAUUAGAAGUUGACAUUAAACCUCCAAGUGGUGUAGUCACGACUGUAUGUCGAAGCAAUUUUAAAUAUAUGUAUUGGACACCGCGACAGCAACUGGCACACCACACUAUUACUGGAUGUAACAUUAAUCCUGGGGAUUUAAUGGGCUCUGGCACUAUAAGUGGAGAAACUUCGGAUUCUUACGGUUCUAUGCUAGAAUUAUGUUGGAAAGGCAUACAUCCCAUCAAAUUAAAAGAUGGUACCGUAAGAAGAUUCCUUCAAGACGGUGAUGAAGUAAUAAUGCGUGGUUACUGCGUCGGUGAUGGUCAUAAGAUCGGUUUUGGAUCAUGCACGGGUAAAUUGUUACCGCCUACAUCGAGUGAACUUGAUAUAUAAAACAAGAUAAAAUUGUUUACGUAUAUUUUGUUAUUUCUUAUAUUUUAUUAUUUCUGCAUUUUGGUAUGUAAUACAUUUUUCUACUAUUUACAUACUUUUGUUUUAAUUCUUUGUCGACAGCGAGAUUUGAAAAAAGCAGUGAUGAUAUUUAAUUUUGACCAAGAUUGUAUGAAAAAAUAAAUAUCUGAUAUAAAAUGGAA